ACUCUGGGGCCGGAUCUGUCAACACACACCUCGACAGUCAGGCUCUGCCCCAUUCCCCGGGGAAUGGGAGGGCUUUGGGGGGUCAGUUUUCUAGCCUGUAGCUGAGCACCCCUCAUUCCCUCCAGGCUCAUGGGAUAUGGGGUAAAGCCACCAUGGCAGGGAAUGUGUAGCAGGGUCCCUUUUUUUGAAGGGGAGGGGAGCAGACUCAGAGGGUCCUGACUCUGGAGGCCACAAUUCAGGGGGUCUUGUGGACCCGGGCAGUAUCCAGGCAGUAUCCGGGCAGUAUGGUACAAGUGAUCUUGCCAGUGCCAGGGCUUUCUUACUCUGGUUGGGCAUCCAAGGGGGUGGGGGAGGUCACAGAGGAGACGGCUAUUGAUGGCUACUAGGCCUGAUGGCUACGCUUAGCAUCCAUGCUUGGAGGCAGCAAGGUUGCAGGUUCUAUUCCUCUUCUAUGGCAGGUACGUCCAACAGGUAGAUCGUGAUCUAUCGGUAGAUCAUUGGACGUCUCUGAAAGAUCACUGGUAGGUCACUGGCUCCCCCCCCCCCAGCAGCUGAACAACAUUGGAUUUUUCCCUGCACCCCAAAGAAACAGGGCUUUCCUCCUCCCCCCAAAAAGCUCAACAACUUUGACCUGAACCCCCCAAAAGGGGGGGGGUAGAUCACUGCCAGUUUUUAACUCUGUGAGUAGAUCGCAGUCUCUUGGGAGUUGGCCAACCCUGCUGUAUGGGAUCAAAUCCUGCUUGGGGGUUUCACAUUGAGGCCAGGAUUGGCCACUGGCCUGACUCAUGGAGGCUCUUCUUUCGCCCCCCCCCCCCCCCGGUUCGGUCCAGCCACCUAUGGCAGUCAAAGCAAAUGGGCUCUGGAGACACCAGCCCACCCUGGCUCACUUUGGAGACACAGAAGUCAACAAAUCUUCUAUGGCAAGUCUUCCCAUGUGAGAGAAUCAUCGGACAUCAUGUGAAGGAGCCAAUGGGUUCUGUGAGGGAGGUGGUGCUGUGGACGUGACAAAAAUGGCCACCGGCCGCUUUUCUCACCUCAGGGUGUUGGCGGCGGCCACCUUGAUACCAGAGAAACAAGGGAAGAGGAAUGGGUGAAGGGGUGUCUUUGCAGUCGCAUAAGUCUAAAAGGCCGGAAAGCCAGGGAAAGAUGUUACCCGCUCCUCCUGGUAGAUUCUGCAAAUAAAGCAGGUUUUUUAAUCAAGAAGGAAUGGAAGGAGCAGACAAGGAGAAAUGGUCCCUGGGAGCUCACAGGCCAUGUUUCCGAGGCUAUUUCUUAUUUUCUGUAUGAUUCUGAUAGAGGAGAUUCCUGCUUUUGGAAAUAACAAACAAACAAACAAACAAUAAUUUUAUUGUUUAUAUGCCAGUGAUCAGGGUUGCCCCAGCGACUCUGGGCAGCUUCCAACAAAUUAAACAUAGUAAAACACCAAACAUUAAGGGCUGCCCUUCUAAAAUUCAGAUAGUUAAUUCCUUGACAUCUGACAGGAGUGCGUUCCACAGGGCAGGCAUGAUUACCAAGAAGGAGCAAGUCACAAAGUCUGGGCACUGCCUGCACCCCACCUCUUGCCUCCCUUUUCCUACCCAGGUGACCUUCACCGAACCUUUUCAUACCUGGCCAUGGAUGUAGCCAAGGGGGGGCAGGGAGGGGCAGCUGCCCCCCCAUCAAUAAAAAUCAAUAAAAAUACAUAGCAAACUGAGGUUAUGCCCCCUCUCACAAAAGACCUGCCUCUCCCCAACAAAAGGCCUGCCUCCUCCCAACAAAAAUCCUGGCUACACCCCUGCCUGGGACUCGCCUUUAACCUAAACAUGUGUUUGGGGACUCAAUUCUUUAUUUUUUACUGCAACAUAAAGGCCAUUACUUCACAACUCAAAGGCACCGUGGCAUUUCUUCAUUUUUCAACACCAGUUUGUGCCGCUGCUGUGACCCACCUUCCUUUAGGGUCCCAGUCUGCUGGCUGAAGGCCAGUCCUUUAAGGGCAGGACCAGAGUCCUGGCACCUGGCAAGUUUCCUUCACCAGUGCCUACCCCCACCCCACCCCCCUGGGGCAGAAAAGAUGGAUCCAGCACCAAUAGCAGGCUGGAGCCAGGCCAAAGAGUGGCCCACCUGAGCCCAGGUAGAACACCUGGGCCUCUCGUGAUUGGCUGGCUAUACCUUCCCUAGAACAGGUUGUUUACUCUGCAGGCCAAUUGGAGGCUUAGGAAGAUGUUUCUGUUGGGGGUGGGGCUUGAGGGUCCCUCAAAGGCAGCUGGAAUCUCCCAUCAAGUCACCUGACAUAACUUCACCAUGGUGCUAGAGCUCUACCUAGAUAUGCUCUCCCAGCCCUGCCGGGCGGUCUACAUCUUCGCCAAGAAAAACAACAUCGCUUUCAUGAUGAAGAACAUCGAGAUGCUUAAAGGACAACAGUUUAAUGAAGAUUUUAACAAGGUCAACAUCUUAAGGAAAGUACCAGUUCUGAAAGAUGGAGACUUUACUUUAGAAGAGAGCACCGCAAUCCUCCUCUACCUGACCCGGAAGUACAACACACCCAGCCACUGGUACCCACCAGACAUGAAGAAGCGGGGUCGUGUCGAUGAGUUCCUGGCCUGGCAGCAAACCACCAUCCAUGUCAGUUGCUCCAAGAUCUUCUGGCUCAAGGUAGUGAUCCCCAUGUUCAUAAAUCAGCAACUGCCUCCCGAGAGGCUCCACGAUGUCACAGAGGACAUGAACACCAACCUGCAGAAGCUGGAGGAGAAGUUCCUGAGAGACCAACCCUUCCUCAUUGGUGCCGAGAUCUCCCUGGCGGACCUGGUGGCCAUCGUGGAGCUUAUGCAGUCCGUGGGAGCCGGCUGGGAAACCUUUGAGGGCCGACCCAAGCUUCAGGAGUGGCGCAAAAGGGUUGAGGUGACCCUGGGCAAGGAGCUCUUUGCAGAAGCGCACGCACGGAUCCUGAACAAUCAAGAGUUAAGGAACAUGACCAUUGACCCAUCACUGAAAGUCCAACUGAAGCCCGCACUCUUGAAGAUGAUGAAAUAAAAUGGGCACUACAAGCUCCCCCCUCCGCUUUCUGCUCUGGUUAUUUUUCCGCGUUGCCCUGUCAGGGAGGGGUCCACAUUUUCUGCCACGGGGUGACUGGUUGUUAUCGCCCAUGCAAAAGAACUCACCGACACCUUUUGCAAAUUGAAUGUAGGAAAAAAAUAACCUGAAAUGCUGCAAAAAUAACAAUAAUCCUAGAAUAAUAAACCAAGCAAUUUUGCAAGCAGUGAAUUCGAAGUUACAAAUUGUGGGAUUUUGGGGAGAUUUUGACAAGAGCAAGGAAGGAAAGAGGCCUCGGUGAUCUCAUUAUGCUUUCAGGGGACAUAGCUUGA